GAGAACCUCAGUCAGCUUUAAACUCUCUGAAACAUGAUUCAACAUGUAAGAAAACAUUCAGCUGCUCUGAAUGUGUUGACGGAUUUGGAAAAAGGCAACAUCUGAAUGACCAAAUGAGAAUCCACACAGGAGAAAAACCUUUCAGCUGCUCAAUUUGUAAAAAAUCUUUUAGACAGAAUGGACAUUUACAGAAACACAUGAGAAUUCACACAGGAGAAAAACCUUUCAGCUGCUCAGUCUGUAAGAAAUAUUUUACACGGAGUGGAGAUUUACAGAAACACAUGAGAAUCCACACAGGAGAAAAACCUUUUAGCUGCUCUGAGUGUGAUAAAGCUUUCACCGAAAGUGGACACCUGAAGAAACACAUGAGAAGCCACACAGGAGAAAAACCUUUCAGCUGCUCUGAUUGUGAUAAAGCUUUCACCGAAAGUGGACACCUGAAGAAACACAUGAGAAUCCACACAGGAGAAAAACCUUUCAGCUGCUCUGAGUGUGAUAAAGCUUUCACUGAAAGUGGACACCUAAAGAAACACAUGAUGACUCACACAGGAGAAAAACCUUUCAGCUGCUCAGUCUGUAAGAAAUCUUUUACACGGAGAGGAAAUUUACGGUCACACAUGGUAGUCCACACAAGAGAGAAAAGAUUCAGCUGCAGUGUUUGUAACAAAAGAUUUGCCUGGCAUUCUGAUGUCAAAACACAUAAAUGUGUUGACCUCUGA